AUCCGAUCACACAAACAAACAGACGGCGGUGUGAGCGUGAGGCGCGCGCGCUGGAUGUUGCAGAAGUUUGCGUCUUAUUUUCUGCGAUGAUCGUCGGGCUCGGUUCUGUCCGCGCUUUGGAUCGGGGCGCUGCCUGUGGCGCACACUGACUCCACAGAGGUGAUAUGUGAUAGCAGCAGUAUGCCAUACGUGGACCGGCUGAACCGUGUGUGUGGCUUCCUGGACCUUGAGGAGAGGGAGAGCAGCUGCCGAUUCCAGAGGCGAUACUUCAUCCUCGACACGCUCGGGAAUGUCCUGCUGUGGUAUAUGGACAAUCCUCAGAACCUGCCCAGUGGAGCGAGCUCUGUUGGCAGCCUGAAAUUAACGUACAUCUCUAAGGUGAAUGAAGCUACAGCCAAGCAGAAGCCCAAGACAGAGUUCUGCUUCGUCAUAAAUGCAGUUUCACGACGGUACUUCCUCCAGGCCAACGAUGCAACCGACAUGAAAGACUGGAUAGCUGCUCUCAACAAAGCCAGCAAGAUCACAGUUCCUAAAUCCUCCACCUCUGCACCACCCAGACCGGAUGUGUCUGCUGUGAUCAGUGAUUCUCAGGGAGGGAAGAGACAGCAUGCCUACAAGACAGAGAUCAUUGGCGGUGUAGUGGUGCACACUCCAAUCCAGCAUGAAAGUGAAGAGACUAACGGAAAGGAGAAGAAGGGAAACAAAGCUGGUGUGCUGAGAUGUGGUUACUGUGUAAAACAAGGAAAUGUGAGGAAGAGCUGGAAACGGAGAUUUUUCACCCUGGAUGACAACGCAGUCAGUUACUACAAGUCUGAGACGGACAAGGAGCCUCUCCGAGCUGUUUUACUGAGAGACAUUCAGAAGGUCCAUGAAUGUCUCGUCAAAUCAGGAGACCUCCUGCUUCGAGACAACUUGUUUGAGAUCAUCACCAGCUCCCGAACUUUCUACAUCCAGACGGACUCUCCGGAGGACAUGCGAGGAUGGAUCAGGGACAUUGAGAUGAAGAUCCAGGAGUUCAGAGGACCCCCGAGGUUUACAGGAUUCAGCCGCGGUUCUUCCCUCCGUCAAACUCACAACACCUCCGGUGCUCCUCGCAGUCACAAGGUGAACGAGCGAAGACCCCAGCUGGCUAAAUCCUGCUCUGUGGCUCCAGGUUGGCAGCCCUGGACACCCGUUCCCUCGUGCGAGUCCUCCGUGAUGAUUGACACGGAGGACGCCGACAGCGCGUUCAGCUCGGUGACCACGCUCCCCUCUCUGUCCUCCUCGUCCACCUCCUCGUCCACGUCGUCCUCGUCCAACUCCCUCUCCGCCCAGACGCCCUGCUCCACCUUGUCUCUGGUGCCUUUGAGUAGCGGGUUGGGGAUCCUCACGGCGUCAGCGGAUGUGGCCAGCGGGCGGAGGCGGCGCCACUGCUCGCAGCCUCAGCCUCCUACCAGCUGCAGCUUCCCCUUCAGCCUGGACGACGACGGCAUCCGCACGUCGGACGUGUAGCUCAGAGA